UCAAAAUUUCUUUUGCAUUAAAACUGGGGCCUUCCAGAGGACUGUACAAGGGCAAGUCCCAUAUUUCCUAACUCAUAGUUUCCCUCACCAAUGACUAUACUAGCGGUGGUUUCUGUAAAUAUGAAAUGAGUAUAUCUGAAGAACUUUAUUUCAUCAACUGCAGUUUAAAGUGUUCUGAGUUAUCAAAAUAAAUCCAGUUAUACUUUCCAAGUGGAGUGGAAAAGUAGUAAAUAUGUAAGAGUUUGUGUAGGGUGCUGACUAAACACACAAAGUAAUAACUUCACUGAAUAAGACUGCAAUUGAACAGCAAAUCUGCAAAAACUGUCAAAAGACAGUUGAAAGGCCCUGACUAGAACUCUAUUUUCUGGUCAAAAUCAAGAAAUCAAGUUUCAACAAAAAGAUUUCUGAUUUGUUUUUUAAUUUAAAUAUUCCUAAAAAAAAUCUGAAAGCGAUUGUUUUAGAACAGGCUUACAAAUAAACCAAGCUAUUUUUUUUUAAAGAUUAGCCCAAUUAUAAUCUUAAUUUCUUAGCAAGAAGCCUAAAGAGUUUAUAUUAUACACCAUUUUCCCAUGAAGGGACUUGUCUGCAUAGCAUAUACACACAGCUACUGGUACACAGCUAUUGCUGCAACCCGUCCUCAUUAGUGUUAUUUAGGCACAACGAUGGUUGGAGAAUCCUAGAAAAUGCUGUAAAUUGCUAGUGAUAAAUGGCUUGCUUUUAAGAAGGAACUUAAAUGUUCUUACAUCCAGGCAACAUUAUUGUAAUGAGCUAUGCUGUGGAGCCUUUAAAGUUCAAAAAGUUUCUCUGGUAUAAAAUGCACCCACUUGGUUGCCUGAGGAAGAUGCAGACCAAUAUUUAUUUACUCACCGUAUCUGUUAAGAAUGUUUGACACCUGUUCUGUGUCAAUAAGAACAUAAGAUUUUGUGUCAUUGUUGAUUGCCAAUUCACUUUCAUCCCUAACUGAUACAUUUAACCCAUCUUUCCCAAACCUGAAGCUCCUUUGGAGGUAUAUACAGGUGGGUCCUUGAUAUGCUAGCCUAUGUUUAAUGAUGGUCUGGAAUUUGAUAGCCACAGAAUGGGUGCUUGAUGGCCUGUAAAGAACUUCCAGUUGUCGGGAAAUGUUGAACUACCACCUCCAUGUUAUAUGAUAAUAAUCUAGGUACUGGGCAACCUGUCUGCACUUAUGAUUGGUUGCCAAGGUCCCUGCAACCAUGUGAUUGCCUUUUGUAAACCUUGCCGGCUUUUCCAGAUAGUCAGUGGAGAAGCUGUCAGGGAAAGUUGCAAACUGCUCCCACUGCCACAGAGCUAUGGUUCCCUCCUGGAGGACUGUGUUGGGAGGGAAUCUCAGCUUUUGCAUUACCCCUCCCCCAGGCAGUUCUUUGAGAUCAAACAGACUGCCUACCAAAGGGAGGGGAAUGCCUCUGGCCGGCUGCAGAAAUGGAGGUUGGACCAUGAAGAUCUGAGAAAAGCUAAGUCGCCAACCCAGGGCAAUGAAGAGAAUCAGAGAACUCUUGGCCUACCGCCGGUUCUUCCUCAUUGUUUUUACUCCCCUUCUGCUGCUUCCGUUGCCUCUCAUCAUCAAAACCAAAGAAGCAGAAUGUGCAUACACAUUGUUUGUGGUUGGCGUCUUCUGGCUCACAGAAGCUUUGCCUCUGGCUGUUUCUGCAUUAAUUCCUGCUUUAAUGUUUCCACUGUUUGGAAUAUUGUCUUCAAAAAAGGUGGCAUCUGCUUAUUUUAAAGAUUUUCAUCUGCUCUUGACUGGCAUAAUUUGCCUGGCAACAUCAAUUGAAAAAUGGAAUUUGCACAAGAGAAUUGCCCUGAAAAUGGUGAUGCUGGUGGGUGUUAACCCUGCAUGGCUCACCCUUGGUUUUAUGAUCAGCUGUGCAUUUCUAUCGAUGUGGCUUAGCAACACUUCUACCGCUGCUAUGGUAAUGCCAAUUGUAGAGGCGGUGGCUCAGCAAAUCACUAGUGCAGAAGCUGAAGUAGAUGCAAUGGAUAUGACAUAUGCAAAUGGAACCACUAAUCCUGCCCUGGAACUUGAAGAAAACAUUAGUGAGUGUGAAGCAGAUGAUUGGAAAUCCACUAAAAUUGAAGGAUACAGCAAUGGCACUGCUCAAGCUGUGUGUGACAUUGAAAAUGAAAAGAAUUCAGAACUGAGCCAGUCUGAAAGACGAUACCGGAACAAAAAAGACCACAUGAUAUGUAAAAUAAUGUGCUUGUGUGUUGCCUAUUCAUCCACUAUUGGAGGACUGACUACCAUCACUGGGACAUCAACCAACUUAAUAUUUGCAGAACAAUUCAAUACACGAUAUCCUGGUUGCCAAUGCAUUAAUUUUGGAUCCUGGUUUAUUCUUUGCAUACCAGUCACUGUUAUUAUUUUAAUACUCUCCUGGGUUUGGCUUCUGUGGCUUUUUUUGGGUUUCAACUUGAAAGAAAUGUUCCAGUGCGGCAAGGCAAAGUCACCUAGAGAACAAGCUUCAGCACAAGUAAUCAAAGAAGAAUACAAGAAACUUGGAUCAAUAAGCUACCCUGAAGUUGUCACCCUUGUCUUGUUCUUUCUGAUGGCCCUGUUAUGGUUUACUAGAGACCCUGGAUUCAUCCCUGGCUGGUCUUCUUUAUUUCCAAAAUAUCCAGGCUUUGCUACAGAUUCAACAGUGGCUUUACUAAUUGGGCUCCUCUUCUUCAUUAUUCCUGCAAAAAGAUUAUCUAGAACUUCAAAUGGAGAAAACAUUGUUUUUGAUUACAGUCCACUGAUAUCUUGGAAGGAAUUUCAAGAAUGCAUGCCCUGGGAAAUUGCCAUCCUUGUUGGUGGUGGGUUUGCGCUGGCUGAUGGCUGUGAGGACUCAAAACUCUCAGCCUGGAUUGGAAGCAAAUUAACCCCAUUAGGAUCACAACCCAUAUGGCUAAUAAUUCUCAUUUCAUCUUUGAUCGUGACCACAAUAACUGAAGUAGCUAGCAAUCCUGCUACAAUCACUAUAUUUUUGCCUAUCUUAGCUCCCUUGGCUGAAGCCAUCCAUGUUAACCCACUUUAUAUAUUGAUACCAACAACCCUCUGUACAUCAUUUGCAUUUUUGCUACCAGUAGCAAACCCACCCAAUGCCAUUGUAUUUUCUUAUGGUCACCUGAAAGUUAUUGAUAUGGUAAAAGCUGGACUUGGUAUAAACAUCAUUGGAGUUGCUGUUGUGAUGCUCACCAUUAUGACAUGGGCACAGCCAAUGUUCAACCUCUCUACAUAUCCAGCUUGGGCACCUGCUCCUUCUGCUACUAAUAUCAGUGUACAUUAAAGGAAGAAGAGCAUGUUGCUUUCCUUCUUUCUCCCAGUGAUGGUGCUAGUUGAUAGAUUUGUAUGGCACAAUACAGUUAUGAUCUAGGAUAAGUUGGGCUUCAUAGUUCCUUGUCCUAAGUACUGGUACAGUUAGCUGGAAAGCCAUAAAGCAAGAAUGUUACAACCUGAAUAAUGCACAGAAAGUAAGUCUGUACAAAUGAUCAGUCAAUUCUUCCUGUUAAGACUGUAUCACCAGAGCUAGAAAAUGGCAUUUGUACAUUAUGCACAUUCAUUAUGAAUGAUAAUUUGUCCUUGUUUUGGGAUCACAAAAUAAAAUAGUAUGGUUGUUAGAAGAAUGAUAGAAGAACUAUACAUGGGCAGACAGAUAGACAGACUAGUGGAUGAGAAACAAAUUUAAUUUAUUAGUCCGUAAGUCUCUUUGUCUCAUCUUCUUCCAAGAUGCUGACACUUUAUGUAUUCAUAGGAUACAUUUCAUACUAUCAACUAACACUCCCCC